AUGCAGGUUAUCUAUCUAUCUAUCUAUCUAUCUAUCUAUCUAUCUAUCUAUCUGGAUGUUUAUGUGUGUCUGUAUCUCUCUCUCUCUCUCUCUCUCUCUCUCUCUCUCUCUCUCUCUCUCUCUGUUCAUAUCCAUCUAUCUCUGUAUAUACGUAUGUAUCCCUCAGAAAACGAUCACUAUCCGGAUUACUUCGGAAGUGUUCUUUUUCGUAACAUUAUAAUCUAUUUCUUUCAUAUCUAUCUAUCUGGUACUCUAUCUAUCUAUCUAUCUAUCUAUCUAUCUAUCUAUCUAUCUAUCUAUCUAUCUGGUACUCUAUCUAUCUAUCUAUCUAUCUAUCUAUCUAUCUGGUACUCUAUCUAUCUAUCUAUCUAUCCAUCUGGUACUCUAUCUGGUACUCUAUCUAUCUAUCUAUCUAUCUAUCUAUCUAUCUAUCUAUCUAUCUAUCUAUCUAUCUAUCUAUCUAUCUGGUACUCUAUCUAUUUACUUUACUUUCAUUUAUCUCAUGUAUUCAUUCUGUUUUCAAUCAGUAUGAUAUUUUCUUUCUUUCUCUCUGUCUCUCUUUCCAUAUUACGCUCUUCCUGA